AUGAUAAUUACAGGUUUUACUGGCCAACUCCGAGGUUGGUGGGAUAAUUAUAUGAGUGUAGAAGCGAAAGCUGCUGUGGUAAAUGCUACUACAGAUAACGAAGGUGUUUAUAACUUGGGCAUGACUUUAGUCAGAAAUAGGGAAGAUACUGUUUAUACCUUAGUUUUGACCAUCUUAGAACAUUUCAAUAGAUUUACCAAUCAAUACACGACGGUUCUCUCCUUAUUAAAUGGUCUACGAUGUCGACAUUUAGGAAAAUUUCGAUGGUAUAAAGAUACUUAUAUGAUUCGGGUGAUGGAACUACCCGAAAAUGGUCUUGAGUAUUGGAAAGCUAAGUUUAUAGACGACAUUCCUCCUUUAUUUGCGGAAAGAGUUAGGAAAACCCUGAGGGAUACACAAGGGGUUAUUUCGUAUAGAUCCUAUACUUAUGUUAAGUUGAUAGGAGCCUGCACUCAAGAAGGCAUAAACCUGUGCAACGAAUUGAAGCUAUCUAGACAGCUUAAGAUUGAUAAGCUUAGAGAAAGAUCUCAUCUAGGAGACUUCUGUACCCAGUUUGGAUUACCUGAUUCAGCUAAAGGUAAGCAGGCUAAACACAGAGAUUCUAGUGGUUCCACUCCUGAUAAACCUUAUAGGAAGAAAAAGUCUAGGCGAAGGUCUAGAGAAGAACGAGAAGAGGAAAGAGCUCAUCGUAAAUCUAAUAGAUUUACAAAAAAAUGGUACAUCUAA